GGGCGCGUUGCCAUAGCGACCAUUUUACGUUAACUUGUUUGCAGCUUUUGUCCCGGCUACUGGGCGACUUCGGGUGCACCACUUACCCCGUUCGUUCUCGGUUCCUGGGGGGCCGAAAGGCCGCAGCAGGUUCCGGGGGUCUGGCCGAGGGUUCCCGCCGCGCCCCGUGUGGGCGCGAUGGCUACGGAGGAAGAGGACGAGGUGGAGUGGGUGGUGGAGAGCAUCGCGGGGUUUCUGCGGGGCCCGGACUGGUCCAUCCCCAUCUUGGACUUUGUGGAGCAGAAAUGUGAAGUUUUUGAUGAUGAAGAAGAAAGCAAAUUGACCUAUACAGAAAUUCAUCAGGAAUACAAAGAACUAGUUGAAAAGCUGUUAGAAAGUUACCUCAAAGAAAUUGGAAUUAAUGAAGAUCAAUUUCAAGAAGCAUGUACUUCUCCUCUUGCAAAGUCCCGUACUUCACAGGCCAUUUUGCAACCCGUGUUGGCAGCAGAAGACUUUACUAUCUUUAAGGCAAUGAUGGUUCAGAAAAACAUUGAAAUGCAGCUGCAAGCCAUUCGAAUAAUUCAAGAGAGAAAUGGUGUAUUACCUGACUGCUUAACAGAUGGUACUGAUGUGGUCAGUGACCUUGAACAAGAAGAAAUGAAAAUCCUGAGGGAAGUUCUAAGAAAAUCAAAAGAAGAAUAUGACCAGGAAGAAGAAAGAAAGAGAAAAAAGCAGUUAUCAGCGGAUAAACCAGAAGAACCACCAGUGCAUACCAGUGAAACUGCAAAAAUGAGUAAUUCACAAGGGGAUGGCGAACAUUUUGCCCACCCACCUUCAGAAAUUAAAGUACAUUUUGGUAAUCAGUCAGUACAACCUUUGGCAAGAAAGUUGGAAAUGUUGCCUGAAACGUCCUCCCUCCCUGAAAAAGGCCUGAAGAUUCCUAGCUUAGAACAUGCGAACAUUGAAGGACCAAUAACAAAUUUAUCUUCACUUGGAACAGAAGAGCUCAGACAGCGAGAACACUAUCUCAAAAAGAAGAGAGAUAAGUUGAUGUCCAUGAGAAAGGAUAUGAGAACUAAGCAGAUACAAAAUUCAGAGCAGAAAGAAAAACCUGCUGAGGAGGUAGAGGAAAUGACAGAGAAACCAGAAAUGACAGCAGAGGAGAAGCAGACAUUAAUAAAGAGGAGAUUACUUGCAGAGAAACUUAAAGAAGAAGUUAUUAAUAAGUAACAAUGUAGCAAAACAAAAAUUCAGAUUUUCCUAAAAAUAAAUUAUUUAAUCCUUACACU